AUGGAGAACACUGCGGAGAAACCAAGCGGCAACAAGGCCCCCAGCACCAAGAACACGGCUCAGCUCUCCAAGAUCCCACGUCAUAUGCUCUCCACGGUUCCACAUCAAAUCAUCACUCAGCAAGCGGAGAACACCACUACAACUUGGCCUGUCAUCCCCACUGCAUUAAUAUGGUACAUCACUGCAAUAACGUCACAAGAGGAGGAUCUACUGCGACGAUCACAGCCAAUUGGGCCUCUGCAGGAGGAACAUCGAACGAUGCAUAUUUGGACGAAUUGA